CGGAGCAGCCAGCCACCGGCCCGGGCUCCGGAGACCUCCCUGACGCCUCAAUUUGGGCGGCAGGAACCGCGGGGGCCCACCCUGUUUGGGCCUGGGGGCGCCUCCACCACUCCCAGCCCCUGCCUCUCGCUUCCCGGACGGCUGAGCGACUCCCGGGGGAAGCUGUUCCCGGACGCUCGGCCGCCGCCCGAACCUCUCGGCUCCCAGCCCGGCUGGGCACCGGGCAUCUGCGAAGCUAGCCCCGUCCCGCACUGUCCAUCUCUGGGCACCAACUGUCUUCGGCACCGCCCAGCUUCCUGUGGCUCCGGGGCCGUGCACUUCGCGCCCUCCCCUACCCCGGCCGCCAGCCAGGUCGCCCGUGAGCUCCCGGCGACCCCAGCCCCUUUGGCCGCCGCUGCGAUGCUGCCCUGGAGACGUAACAAAUUCGUGCUGGUGGAGGAUGAGGCCAAGUGCAAGACGAAGAGCCUGAGUCCGGGGCUCGCCUACACGUCGCUGCUCUCCAGCUUCCUGCGCUCCUGCCCGGACCUGCUGCCCGACUGGCCGCUGGAGCGUCUGGGCCGAGUGUUCCGCAGCCGACGCCAGAAAGUGGAGCUCAACAGGGAGGACCCGACCUACACCGUGUGGUACCUGGGCAACGCAGUCACCCUGCACGCCAAGGGCGACGGCUGCACAGACGACGCCGUGGGCAAGAUCUGGGCGCGCUGCGGGCCGGGCGGGGGCACCAAGAUGAAGCUGACGCUGGGGCCGCACGGCAUCCGCAUGCAGCCGUGCGAGCGCGGCGCCACGGGGGGAUCGGGGAGCCGGAGGCCGGCGCACGCCUACCUGCUGCCGCGCAUCACCUACUGCACCGCGGACGGGCGCCACCCGCGCGUCUUCGCCUGGGUCUACCGCCACCAGGCGCGCCACAAGGCCGUGGUGCUGCGCUGCCACGCCGUGCUGCUGGCGCGGGCGCACAAGGCGCGCGCCCUGGCCCGCCUGCUCCGCCAGACUGCGCUGGCGGCCUUCAGCGACUUCAAGCGCCUGCAGCGCCAGAGCGACGCGCGCCACGUGCGCCAGCAGCACCUCCGCGCCGGGGGCGCCGCUGCCUCGGUGCCCCGCGCCCCGCUCCGCCGGCUGCUCAACGCCAAGUGCGCCUACCGGCCACCGCCCGCCGAGCGCGGCCGUGGGGUGCCGCGUCUCAGCAGUAUCCAGGAGGAGGACGAGGAGGAGGACCAGGACACCGAGGAGCACCAGGAGGGAGCCCCCCAGCCCGAGCGGUCCGAGGUGCUCAGCCUGACCCGGGAGCUGAGGACGUGCAGCCUGCGGGGUGCCCCAGCGCCUCUACCGCCCGCACAGCCCCGCCGCUGGAAGGCUGGCCUGCGGGAGCGGGCGGGCCAGGUGCGCUGA